ACCGUCUCCAGGUGUGAGAACAUGGAUUCCCGACCCUCUCUGACUGAAGAUGAUUUCUCCUGUCCUGUAUGCUGUGACAUCUUCAGGGAGCCAUUACUCCUGACCUGCUCCCACAGCAUCUGUAAGAGCUGCCUGCACACCUUCUGGCAGCAGAGAGGAGCUCCGGAGUGUCCAAUCUGCAGGGGCGUCUCCUCCACCCCUGAACCUCCGGUGAACAUCGUGUUGCACAACAUGUGCCAGGCGGUACUGAAGGAGCGCAACCGGCGGAUGUCAGUGGAGAUGGAGGGGCUCUGCAGUAUACACCGAGAGGCUCUUACUCUGUUCUGCGUGAAGGAUCAGAGGCCGAUCUGCACCAAGUGCAAGAACUCCAGAUUACACAGCAGGCACACCGUCUGCUCUAUACAUGAAGCAUCCCAAGAUCUCAAGCAGGUGCUUGGGAUGAAACUGAAGACGUUGCAUGAGAAGAUUAAAAUCUAUGAGGACUUCAAACAGUCCUGUGUUAAGGCCGGAGAGCAUAUUAAGAAGCAGAGCCAAGACACAGAGGCGUUGAUCCGGAGUGAAUUCAAGAAGUUUCACCAGUUUCUCUGGGAGGAAGAGGAGGCCAGAAUAGCAGCACUAAAAGAGGAAGAAGAGCAGAAAAGCGAGACGAUGAAGAACAAAAUUGAAAAGAUCUCAAUUCAAAUAUCCAGCGUCUUAAACACCGUCGACGCCAUUGAGAAACAGAUUAAAGGAGAGGAUUUGCCUUUUCUUUUGAACUACAACGCUUCUCUUGAAAGAACUCAAGCUAAACUAGACGCUCCAGAAAAAUUAUCUGGAGUUCUGAUCAAUGUGACCAAGCAUCUGGGCAACCUGAGCUUCCAGGUGUCAGAGAAAAUGCACAGCUUUGUACAAUACACCCCUGUGGUGUUCGACCCCAACACCGCCCAUGCUGGCCUUAAAGUCUCUGAUAAUCUGGUCACUGUGUCAUAUAAAGGUGAACCUCAGGAGCUUCCUGAUACCUCCGAGAGGUUCGAGGGUUAUAUGAGUGUCAUAGGCUCUGAAGGCUUUAAUUCAGGCGCGCCCUACUGGGAUGUCGACGUUGGAGACAACACAGCAUGGGCUGUAGGAAUCAUUUCAGAGUCUGUGUAUAAGCAGAGAGAAAACCUCUCUCGGUUUGGGUUGUGGUAUGUAGGUUUCUGCAACGACAAGUAUGGUAAAGGAUACGCCCCUGAGAUCCUGACAGUGUUGCGGGUCAGCGAGAAGGUCGAGAGAAUCCGAGUUCAGGUGGACUUCAACAAGGGCAAGGUGAUUUUCACGGACUCGGCCCGUAACAUCUGUCUGCACAUCUUCAAACAAUCUUUUAAAGAAAGGGUUUUUCCUUACUUUUACAGCCACUGCACAAAACAUCCUCUGAGGAUAUUACCGGUAAAGUCCGCAGUGACCGUGCAGAAGGACAAUUAGAGAAUGCCAGACGUAAUGACUCAACUCAGACUGAAGCCUUAUAUUGAUUUUAUCACAGAAAAGGGAGUGCUUUGCAUUGCAUGCCUAAAACUUCCUUACCCGUGAUAAAAUCACUACAUCUGACUGCACUGAUGUUCACUAUGCGGGAGAUGGUGCAGCAUCAGCGAAGCCACAUAAACACAUUUUGGUGAAUAACAAUUUGUUUUAACAAAGAUAAUGAAUUUACGGCAUUGUGCUUUAGUGGUUAGCACUGUCGCCUUGCACCACCAGGAGCCAUGGAGUUUGCAUGUUCUCCCCGUGCUUGGUGGGUUUCCUCCGGGUACUCCAGUUUCCUUCCUCAGUCUAAAGACAUGCAGAUUAGGUUAAUUGGCGUUCCUAAAUUGCUUAUAGUGUAUGGGUGUGUUUAUGUGUGUGUGCCCAGCGAUGGUUAGGCACUCCUCCCAGGGUGUACCCCGCAUCAUGCCUUAAGUAUCCUGGGAUAGACUCCAGGCUCCCACAACCGUGUGUACAGGAUAAAGCAUUAUAGACGGUGAGUGAAUUUACAUAACUCAUUUAAUCUUGAAGGGGGCACGUGGUGUAAUGAUUAGCACUUUGAGAUACGUUGAGGGUUUGAUUCCUGCCUCGGGUCUGUGUGCCUGUAUGUUCUCUGCGUGCUUGGUGGGUUUCCUCCAGGUACUCCGGUUUCCUCCCACAGUGCAAGGACAUGCAGUUUAGACUAAGUGGUGUUCCCAAAUUUAUAUUAGUGUGUAUGUUUGUGCCCUCUGGUGGAUUGGUCCACUGUCCAGUAUGUACCCCACCCAAGUCUUCUUGGGGGCACCAGGCUCCUCUGACUCAGUACAGAGAAAGAUAGAUGAAAAAGUAUUAUAUAUGUAAUAUAUAUGGAAGACCUGCUACUGUAUGAGACAUUCCUCUACAAAGAUUCUAGACGAUUCUGACUUUAAACGCCAGACUAGAAGAUCAGACAGAUAUAAUGAUGUCAGAUGAUGAUAGAAAUGUCACAAAACAUGAGUGGUAGUAGUAGCAGCCUUAAUGUGGGAGCCCCCUAUCGCCAAGAAGAAGAUAAAGGUAACGUGAGAUUUUAUGUCAGACAAGUGAGACUGUUUCUGGUUUAAUGACUUUUUCCCUGAAUCAUUCGGUCUUUUUUCACGUCUGCUUAACAUUAUAUUAAAGCAAAACAUUCCGAAUAAUUCAAUACUUAUUUACUAACUACUACAGUUGUUGUUGCUUCACUUUUAUCAGUGUCCAUUCGUUCAUUCAGUCAUGUUCAGUAAACACUAAAACCUGAGCAUGGCCAUUCCAUUACAGGAAUGAAGUUUAAAGUUCAAGAUUCUUCUCAAGAAGGAGCAAUUAACAUUCUACAAUCUGUGUCUAACCACAGGCAAAGGACUGUGCUCAUGAACUUGCUUAACAUCACUGAGCUAUGA